GUUGGGAAAAGCAGGAAAAACGAUCACGUGACUAGUGUCCCAACCUUAUCUAUAAGAAUCUUGGUACCAUACCAUAAUAAUAUCAUAACGCUCCAAAAUAAUAUUCAUCGCCUUAAACUUAACAGCGUCACCGCACAACGCCCACGUUCCGUUGGUGACAAACACCAUACAAACACGCACUGACGGCUUCAUGUCACUUCAUGAACUCGACAAACCCGCGUUGCUAGGCAACCGAAACAGUUGAUGCGUACUCUUAUCGCCCGCGUCCUCUUACCAGCCCUUACCCUAUUACAGUUGUAGCUUUGGAUUUAAGUUGUAACACACCUCAGCCCGUGCUCUCAGCUUAUGGUGCUUUGUGUGUAGGCAUCCAGCUGUCUGGUCUGGCUACUGCUCGCUCUAACUGUACGUUUGUUGCAGGAGUCCCUUGCGAGGCAAGUUGGGAAAUCCGUUCAAGUUCUCAAAAAAAGAAAAACGAGAAAAAGACAAGCAGAAGGAACAUAAGGAAAAGGAAGUGAAGGUAAAGGAAGUAAAGGAAAAGGACUUCAAGGCCCGAAAAGACGCAAGAGAACUUUUUAAAGAAGAGAAAAUGAAGGAAAAAGAGAAACACAGGGAGGAGAAACUUAAAGAGAAAGAAAAAAUGAAAGAGGAGAAAGAAAAGACAAAGGAGAAAGUCAAGGAACGACCCAGAGAGGAGAAGCCCAAAGAAAAGUCAAAAGAGAACAAAGAACUAAAACAUAAAGAAUUUUUUAAAGAUGCCCCGGUAGGGCGGCAGAAAAAGAAAAAAGACCAAACCAAAGGCAAUGAACGGAAAAAGUCUGUUUCAGCUGCCGCCGAGGAGGAGGAGCCCGUGUUCGGCGUGCCGCUGCCGCUGGCCGUGGAGCGCAGCAAGUGUCACGACGGCGUCCAGCUGCCGGCCGUGGUCCGCCAGUGUAUCGACUACAUUGAACAGCACGGUCUCAACUGUGAGGGCAUCUACCGGCUGUCCGGCGUCAAGUCCAAAGUGCAACAGUUGAAGCGCGCCUACAACCAGCGCGACUCGGUCUGUCUGUACGACCACGAGCCGCACACGGUCGCCAGCCUGCUCAAACUGUUCCUCAGGGAGCUGCCCGAGCCGGUGCUGACGGCCGAGCUGCUGCCGCUGUUCGACGCCGCCGCCGGCCUCAAGGACCCGGAGCGGCGCGUGCAGCAGCUGACCGAGCUGCUGGAGCGGCUGCCGGCGCCCCAUCGGCUGCUGCUUCAGUACAUGUUCAAACACAUGGAGCAUAUCAUCAAACGGGAGAAGGUCAACAAGAUGAACGUUCAGAACGUGUCGCUGGUGCUGUCGCCCACGAUGCAGAUCUCGCACCGGGUUCUCAACGCCUUCUUCCUCUACGGAAAGAUUCUGUUCAGCGGCGUCAUCAUCAAACGGUACGUGCCGCCGAUCGCCGACGGUGACCUACCGGACACGGCCGCCGCCAUUCAAGAGGAGAUUGAGAAGCAGGAGUCGCUGCUGAGCCAGCUGCACGGCCAGCUCAAGUCGGGCAGCAUCACGCAGCGGCGAGAGGAGCAGCUGUGGGAGGCGCAGCGCAUCCUGACCCAGCUGAAGCGGCGGCAGCGCUUCGUCACCAAGCGGACCGAGGCCGAGCCGGCGACGAGGAGCGGCGAGCCAGACACGGCGCCAGACGACGGGGCGCCCACGGCCGCCGCCGCCGCCCCCGCCCAGCGACUGGAGCGCACCGUGCAAAUCAUCAACGAGGACAACGUCACUGUGAUCCAGAUCGGUGAGAAGUCGGCGGCGGUCGGUGGCGACGAGCGGCCGACGGCCGGCUCCGAUUCAGACCCGCACCCGGCUCCCGCCGGCACUCAGCCGCAGCCGGAGCCGGAACCGGAGCCGGAGCGGGAACCGGAGCCGGAGGGGAGCAGGAGAGCCAGCUGCGCCUCGCUGCCGGCCCAGUCGAGACAAAGGCCCGAGCCAGCGCCGCAGCCGGAGCCGGACGAGCCGGCGCCGGCCGGCAACUGCCUGCCGGAGCCCGACGAGCCGGCGCCGCCCGGCACCUGCCUGCCGCCGCCCGGCACCUGCCUGCCGCCGCCCGGCGAGCAGAGCCAAGCCAGCUUCAGCGACCUGCACCGGCGCGUGGCGGCCUCGGCGGCCGGCCCGCCGGAGUCGCUGACCGCCGUCAGCGCCGAGCCGGCCGAGCUGGUGCCCGAGCUGGUGCCCGAGCUGGUGCGCCAGCUGGUGCUGCUGCGUCUGGAGGAGGACGAGCUGGAGUCGAGCGGCCGCGAACUGCGCAGCCGGCUGGCGGCCGAGCGCACAGAGAUCGGCCGGCUGCGCGACACCAUCCGCGAGAUGGAGACGCUCUACAAGUACCGGACGUACUCGGUGGACAGCAGCGACGACUCGUCGGCGGACGCCAGCGACGACAGCGACUCGGAGGAGGAGCUGGUCGGCCAGCUGCGGCACGUCAUCGAGCUCAACCAGCAGCUGCAGGUGAAGAACGCGCAGCUGGUGAGCGACAUCCACGAGCAGCGGCGGCUGUGCCAGAGGCGGCGCGCCGAGAUCCGCUACCUGGAGCUGCAGCAGUCGGCCGCCGCGUGAGAGCGGCCCGGGAGUGCCAGAGGACGGGCCGGGCAGCGGGCAGGGGCCGCGCCGUCAGUUCCACCGCGCUGCCUGUUGGUGUUACCCAGCAGUCUGUUAGGAUAGGAUUGUAUGGUAAAAUAUUGUAGCCGUCGAUAGUUUGUGUAGAUAGAAUAGCGCCGCUACACGACCGUUACUCACGCCCAGCCGCGCCGCCCACAGACCCUGCCUCCCAUAAUUGCCAUCGGUGUUUCUGCGAUGACUGCUGAAUCGUGGCGACGACUUUCUAAAUUCCACUUAUGGUAGAGCUUUGCCCCAUAUCGCCAUUGGCUGACCGGGCCCGGGGGCCGGUGAUUGGUCCGAUAUCGCCCUUAACUACUUGGCUGCGUUGACAGAUGUGUGUGUAUUACGACGAUGAGGGAGAACAGCGAUACGCAUUCAAUAAACGAUGUUCUGAAAUGAC